AUCGGGUGACACUGUUGGAGUAACGCCAUCCCGCCUAAUCAGACGCGAGACUCCAACUGAGAGGUAGUUAUAUGACAUCCCCGCAGUCAAUGCGCCAGCACUCAUUAUCCAAGUAUUGACGACGACCGGUAUCACAAUAUGGGGAGCCAAUCAGACCAGAGGUACCGCAUCGGGGUUGAUGUCGGCGGUACAAACACAGAUGCAGUGCUUAUCGAUCUCGACUCGAUGAGCAUUAUAGCGUCGCACAAAUCAGCUACAACACACGAUGUAACAACCGGGAUCACCAGUGCCGCCCGGAAGGUCAUUGAAACUGCCCAGGUUCCUCUCAGUGCUAUCGGCUGCGUCAUCGUCGGCACCACGCACUUUGUCAAUGCUGUCGUGCAACGUUCGCCAUCCUUACAUCCAGUUGCAGUGAUUCGACUCUGCGGUGGACGAGAUGAUGGCUUCGGUCGGGGAAUUCCACCCUUCACUGACUUUCCGGUGGAUCUGCGAUCUUGUAUCGAGUCCUCCCGGUAUUAUUGCCACGGCGGCUAUCAAAUCUCCGGCGAGGAAAUCAGCGCCGUUGAUCGAGAUGAACUUCAGCACAUAGCGGAACAGCUCGUUGCGGAAAGGGUCGAAAAUGUGGUUAUCUCAGGCAUGUACGCCCCGCUUAAUCACGCCCAGGAAGUAAUUGUUCGGGAUAUUGUCUUGGAAACGAUACAGCAAUCUGAAAGUACUCCAUCAUUCAAACCACGCAUAACGCUGUCCCAUGAAGUCUCAGGCCUGGGAUUCCUUGCGCGUGAAAAUGCCGCAAUAUUAAACGCGACGCUGCGCCCUCUCGCGGAAAGAACGAUCUACGGAUUUAAGAAGGCCAUGUGGGAUAUUUUCCAGGGAAGCCCGUGUAUGUUGUAUCUCACACAAAACGAUGGCAGCGUACUCAGCGCCGAGGACGCGAUCCACUAUCCGAUUCGGACGUUCAACUCUGGCCCGACAAACUCCAUCCGAGGUGGAGAGUUUCUCUGGCGCGCUACUGGCAAAGAGAAUGGCCGGGAACGGGAUGAGAGGACAGAGCCAUUAGUUGUAAUUGAUAUCGGCGGAACUACCUCGGACGCGGGGCUACUGCUUCCAAAUGGUCUACCCCAGAUGAGUUCCAUUACAGGACUAGUUGGGGGUGUGAGGACCAACUUUGCACUGCCAGCGGUCGAGAGUAUUGGGCUAGGCGGAGGGAGUAUCAUUCGGGGCACGGGCGAAGACUUGGCUGUUGGGCCUGCAAGUGUUGCUUUGGAGCUUCUGCAGAAGGCAAAGCUCUUUGGUGGUGAAUACCUCACGGCAACGGAUAUUGUGGCAGCGUCUGCAAUCCACGUCCCCGGUGAGCCGAAUCCCUUCCAGGGUAUGGGAGAACUAUCGCGAUUAGCGAAUAUCACACCAGACAUAAUAUCCCAGGCACGCGAGAGAAUGAGGCAGAUGAUUGCGGCGCUGGUAGAUAGAACAAAGACGCAGAAGGGAGACGUCGAUGUCUUGAUCGUUGGGGGAGGUGCUCCAAUCAUCAAAACUGAUCAACCAUUGAGUGGCGUCCGCAGCCUACGAACAGUGAAGGGUGCAGAAGUGGCAAACGCUGUUGGUGCUGCCAUCUCGCGGGUUUCAGGCGUUAUUGAUACGGUCGUCGAUACGUCCAAUCAAACAGUCAGGCAGGCGCAGGAGCUUGUCUCCAAGCUAGCGAUUGAGAAGGCUGUCAGUAAUGGCGCGAACCGUGAUUCAAUUCAGAUUGCUGAAGUGACAAUGCUUCCAAUUCAGUAUGUCGACGCGAAAGCUCGAAUUGUCGUUCGUGCAGUCGGAGAGCUGGCAGUGGUUUCCCAGGGAUUGGCAACAGAAGCACUUCCCACUUUUGAAGAGCAUGGCGCAGCCCAGGGUCAGGGUAGGACUAUACCUUCUAAUGUCAAUGAGGCUGUCGAUAAACCUGUCGACAUUCAAACCUAUCGCCCGUUAAUCCAAAAUCAUCAAUGGAUCAUCUCCCCAACGGAUCUCGAAUUCAUCGCCCAGGGCUGCAAGGUUUUAGGUUGUGGAGGCGGCGGCGACCCAUACCAGGAGUAUCUAAAGGUCAGCGCUAUUGUCAGAAAGAACCCGGGUUCUGUCAAAGUGGUGUCACCCAGCUAUCUUGCAGACGACACUCUCGUCGGCUGGACCGGAUGCAUGGGCAGCCCAGAAGUGAGCAUGGAGCGUCUUGAAAACGAGGAAUGUCUCAAGGCACAUGAAGAGCUGAUCCGAGCCACCGGCCUUCCUCCCGUUUCUGGAUUCGUAGCUCUGGAAAUUGGCGGGGGAAACGGUGUUGUGAACUUGGGUGUCGCUGCGAAAUUAGGAGUGCCCUGCGUUGAUGCCGACUACAUGGGUCGUGCGUAUCCGACGGCCUGGCAGAUCACGCCAAAUGUUUACGGGACGCCCCGUGGUGAGGCACUAGUUCCUAUGACGAUAGCCAGUGGUGAUGGCUCCGUUGUGACCAUGACGGCUUCGCGAACGGACAAACUUGUCGAUAAGAUCCUGCGUGCCUCCUGUGUCGAAAUGGGCUGUCGCGCUGGCAGUGCAGGUGCUCCCAAGUCGUCCAGACUCGUCCGUGAACAAGCGGUUACGAAUACAGUAUCCCUCGCAUGGUGGAUUGGACGGGCGAUUGCCUUGGAGAAGAACAUCGGUGACAGAGCCAAGCGGAUAAUUGAUGAGGUUGGUGGUUCUGGCAGCGCUGCAAUCCUUGGAGAGGGGAAGAUUACGAGUGUGGAGCGCGUGCUGAAGACCGGUCACACUUAUGGAGUAUUAGAGGUAGAUGGAAAACUUCAGGACGGAACGAAAGGAACUCUAAAAAUUCCGUUUAAGAACGAGAAUGCUUUUGUGGAGGCGCUUCUGCCGACUGGCGAGGCUAAGAUCCUCGCCUCAGUGCCAGACCUCAUCGCCGUUCUUGAUGCUGAAACAGGUGCUGGUUUGGGAACGCCAGAAUAUAAAUAUGGCUUGAAAGUAAUGAUCAUUGCCAUUGCUGCGUCUCCGCGGUGGACGGACACACCGAGGGGUAUGGAAGUAGGAGGUCCAGGGUCUAUGGGAUUUGAGGAGAUACAAUAUGUGCCCAUUGGGAAAUACAGUGAGCCACGAAGUGUUAUUGACGCCUUCGCUGGCUUGGAGGGGUAAGGGGCCUGGCUUGUAUAGAAAACGCAGUAUACUCGUAAACUAUGUUGUAUAAUUACUCAGAUGGGACCUGUGGAGCCAUUCCAUUCCUCAUUAUUCGUGCUGCGUGAAGGAAGAAAGAGUCAAUGCGGAGGGCAACGGGCCGUAGCAGAGCAAGGGAAGCAUCG